GUUCCCCCGAGGGACUGUGAUGCGGGGUCAAGGGCGGGAACCACCCGGAAGCUUCCGGCGUGUGCACCCGGGCCAGCGCGCGGAGAUACCCGAAGGUGGGUUCUCGGGAGCGGGAGGCUCGGCCAUUCCCGGGAUCCUUGGCGGGAUUGCAAAGGCCGCGCCACACACAGGAUCUACCCCCGGGUCCUCCCGCGGGCCCGGUUAGCAGCUCCUUCUCUUCCGCUCGGCCCUCAGCUCUCUCGGCUCCCUCAGCUUCCAUCCUCCGGCCUCGCCAAGCCCCACGCGGAGGGGCCGCGGAGCGCAGGCCGAGGUCCGGACCCUGGUUGCAGUCGCCACAGCCGCCAGCGACCUCGCCCCCCGGCCCGCCCGCGCAGCCUCGGCUCAGUCUGGCCAUCCCCCUCGCCCCGGCCGGGGUUCCACCAAUCGCCGGCCUCGCCCGCGGCCGCCGCACCUGCGAGGAGGAGCCCGCGCGCCGCCGCCGCCGCCGUCGCAGUCGCAGCGUCCCCGCCCCGCUCCGCCCCCAUCGCGGCGCCCCGAGAUCACCCGCCGCCAGCGCCUGGCUCCCCGAGGGCGAGGAGCGGAAGCUGCUGUCCGGAGGCGGACUCGGGUGCCACAGAGCCCGGGCAGCCGCAGCAACGGCGAGGCGCUGGGCGGGGGCGCCCGGCGGACCCCGCGACCCCGAACGAGCGGGCGCCCGGAGCGGGCAGCCGGGCCGAGGGAGGCGGUGGCGGCCAAGGUGGCCGCGCUCGGGUGCCCCUCGCGCAGAGCUCCAUGCCGGUGUGGUGCUGCCGCUGCUCCCUGACCGGUCAUUUCAGGGUCCUCAGGCAGUGGGGAAAGAAGAGUCUCUUCAGCAAAUGUUGCCAGGACAACUGGAUAUCCACAAACAAAAGAAUGAAGUUGUGUACCUACCUCAUAACAUACACAAAAAUUAUCAAAGACCUAAGAAACUAUAGUGACACUGAAACUGAAGGAGAGAUUUUUAAUUCCUUAGUGCAAUAUUUUGGUGAUAAUUUGGGGCAAAAAGUUAAAGCUAUGCCAUUAGUUGAAGAAACGUCUUUACUUGAAGAUUCAUCAGUGACUUUGCCUGUGGUAAUAAUAGGAAAUGGACCCUCAGGAAUAUGCCUUUCUUAUAUGUUAUCAGGCUACAGACCAUAUUUAUCAUCAGAAGCAAUACACCCAAAUACAGUCUUACAUAGUAAAUUAGAAGAAGCAAGACAUCUUUCCAUUGUUGAUCAGGACUUAGAAUAUUUGUCUGAGGGCCUUGAGGGCCGAUCCUCCAAUCCAGUUGCAGUACUUUUUGACACACUUCUUCAUCCAGAUGCUGACUUUGGGUAUGAUUAUCCAUCUGUUUUGCAUUGGAAAUUAGAACAACAUCAUUAUAUCCCUCACUUAGUUCUUGGUAAAGGUCCACCUGGUGGGGCUUGGCAUGUGAGUAUAUACUUUUUAACUUUUUAGUGUAUGUGAAAUUACUAUAUUUCAUCUUGAUAAGACCAUCUUGAUUUUUUAUCAUAUUAUGAUAAUAGUGUAAAUAUAUGUUUAUCACAUUUUUGUCUGAGAGAAAUUUUAAUGCUGUCCAGUUAGUUAAAUUUACGUUAAUUACUAAUAGCAGUUAAUUAAGCCAAAUUAGAUUACUGAUAUAGUCUUAGAAUAAACAUUUCUCUAUACUAUCUUAGCAUUACAUAGAAAACAUUUCAAGAAUGUUUUAUAUAAAAAAAUUCAAAAUUCAUUUAUUCAUUUUAGAGUUUACAAAAUCUCACAUGGUAUUUCAAACCAGUAUCUGUUAUUUCCCCACAUUUUCAAGAUCUUAAAGGAAAAAUGUACUGUAAAAGAAAGAGGUUAUAUUAAUCUGCUUGACCACUAUAACAGAAUAUCACAGAAUGGGUGGCUCAAACAACAGACAUUUAUUGCUCACAGUUUUAGAGGCUGGAAAGCCCAAGAUCAAGAUUUCAGCCAAUUUGGUUCCUGGUAAGGGCCCUCUGCCUGGCAUUCAGAUAGCUGCCUUCUCGCUGUGUCUUCAUGGCAGAGAGAGAGAGAGAGAGUGCCAGUGAGCAAUCCCCCUUUCUCUUCUUAUAAAGUCACGAAUCCUGUUAAGAGGGUCCCACCCUCAUGAUCUCAUCUAACCCUAAAGCUCCAUGUCCAAGUACACUCACUCACAUUGAGGGUUAGGAGCUCACCAUAAGAAUUUUGAGAGUAUACAAUUCAGUCCAUUACAGAGGGUAAACUAGAGAACCAGUAAACUAAAGAUUCAUUUAGCAUAUUUCAUUAGAGGGCCAGUAACUAAUAACUAUCCUUCACUCCUGUGUCCUUAGCAGUUAACACAGUAUUUAAUGUGCAGUAACUGUUCAUUUGUUGUACAAAUAGAUGUUAAAUAAUUUAGUUUGUUGUAUUAUAAAAUACAGAAUUCAUGGGAACUUUAUUAUAUUGAAUAUAGAAUUUUUAGUACAGACUUCAGUUGGCUGUUCCUAUAUUAGUGCAAUAUUAUAUACAUCUAAAAUUGUUUACGUUUAAUAAGUGACUGUUUUAGGGUAACGGGACAAUUCUAGAUUAAAUAUAUCACUGAUUUUCUUUUUUGAAUCUUGAUUUUCUUUAUGAUAAUAAAUAGCAGCUACCAAAUUAUCUGUGCCUUUUACCUUAAGUGUUGUCUUUUAGUUCUUUAAUAUCAGAUUUAUUUAAGCAUAAUUUACAUACAAUAAGCUGUACCCAUUUAAAGUGUAUAAUUUGAUGAGCUGUAACAAAUGUCUGUAACAGUGAAACCACCAAGAUAAGAAUUUUGUCGCUCCCAAAGCUUAAGUGUCUAUAUUUGCUUUAUUAAUGAGUAACAUUCUUAAUAAAGCUACAUUUCUAGAAAAAGUUGUAAUACAUUUGGGAGUAGGGAGAGCAUUUAAAUUGCCUUAAAUUCCUGAGGUUUUAUUAUACUUAAAUUUUUCUGCUUAGAAGAAUAUAUAGGCAAUAAUUGAUCUUUGUGUUAACUUCAUUUUUUUCACUUACAUAUAGAAAAGUUAAAGUAUAGAUAAACCUCGAUUAUUAAAAACACAUUUUGAGUUGGUAUAAAGUUUGAAAUAUACCUAAAAAUUCCUGAUUUUUUUUUUUAAGGCAUUUAUUCAGUAGAGAAGGGAUAUACAUAAAUGAUAUCUGAGCUGUGAUCCAGUUGUCAAGCAUCACCUCUCUGAAGGUUUCUGACUUUCCCAGGCAAAAUUAUUUGUUCCCAGUUGUAUUCCAUAUCUUAUUCUUAGUCUUUCCAUUGUUUCCUGUAGUACUACUUACCUGUUCAUGCAGUCAUCCCCCCGCCUUGCUUUAUAUGCAUCCCAGUUAAUCUCAAUCAUUACUCAAGAUAUAAGCUCCUUAAGUCAUUUCUUCUGUCAUACUCAUCGCCAUAUAGUUUUCUGCUUCAUAAUCAUCUCUAUGCAGUACUCUGCUUCUCUUGUGAUCCAGCUUGUCACCACUCUCUUCUCUUCCAAAUUUAUUGACUAUGCCAUCUUGAACCCCACUUAGUGAUAAACAAGCUUUCCUACAUUCUUAACCGUUUCAGUAGAAGCAGCUAUGUGCUGCUUCUACUCCCUUUCUUGAAAGCUUACUCUUUCCUGAAGAUAGGGUUCACACUGCCGCCCUCUGAUGUGGAUCCUGUUCAUUCUCCCAUAGUUCCAUGCCCUGUCUUACAGGUUGGCUAGUGAGGUUGGUGUUCUCUUUAUUCCCCAUUGCUCUUGUGUAAAAUCUCUUGUUCCUUUGAACAGGUCUUGCCAUUUUUCUGGCUUCUCUAUUAUUCCACACUGUCUCCAUCAAUUACUGAAUCUGUGGCACCUAACUCAUGGUCUUCCAUUAUAUUCCAAGUUUUAAUAUCACUUUGAAUGAAUUUAUCUGUACAUUCAUGACACAGGCCAACACCUUAAUCUCUUAGUCUUUUAAUCUUCUCAUUCCUAAUGAUACUCUCUUUUAUUGUUCAUUAGCUACUGUCUUCAGUGGCUCUACUGUAGAUCUUAUCUUUCAUAACUACUCAACUUGUGAAAACCUCAGUUCUCAGAUAUCUUACUUUCUUAUCAUAACUUCCUGUUAUUCUAGCUGCAUCACUCAGUUACUCAGACCAUAAGUAAUCUUCAAACACAGAAAGUGCUCCAGGCCCUGAUCUUCACCCCCUUAUCUAUCCAGCUUAGGUUCAGUAGUUCAUUGAUACAACCAUUCUCCUUAAUUCCCUUGACCCAUUGUCCUACCAUCACGUGGGUUUGGCAAAAAAAGCAAUUAAUCUAUUCAUCUAACUGUCCACUUGAUCUUUUCUUAUACUUGACCUGUCAAAUCCCCAGGUAAAAAAGCCAUACAACUGUGAAAGUAUUUUUCAGCCUCAGUUGGGCCCUGAGUGCUGCUUGACAACUUUCCUUAAGUUCUUCUCGAAACU